ACUUCCUGACUGAUUCUAAUGGAUUGACAUACCAGGGGGAAAUGUGUUGCAGCCAUUAUUUUAAAAGUAAUUCAUUAAAUUCUUCAGAUUCUGCAUCAAUUCAGAGUGAAAGAUACAAUGUGUCAUGUUGGAGAACUUGCUGAAGCCGUUUCUGAUCCCGCUGGUACAUUAAAGUAGAUUGUCUCCCCAAGGCAAUCCUGUUAAUCAUUGGACAUAGUAGAAAUUUACUUGCCUAACCCCCAUCACCCCUACUGAGGCAUCAGAGUUCUCUGUCCUGGGCCAGUCCUUCAAGUAGUCCCUCUGUGUAACUCUUCUAGGAAACGGUCCUUUCACUUUUAAACACUGUAAUUGUACCUCUAUGGCUUCCUCUGGCAUAGCGUUCCAUAUGCCCACUGCCAAAAAGGUUGCUUCUCAUGCCCCCUUUAAAAUUUUCCUCUCAGUUUAAAUUUCGUCUUUUUUAGUUUUAGACUUCUCUAUCCCAGGGGAAAAUAUUGUUACGAUUCAGAAGAUCAAGUAUCCCUCAUAAUUUUGUUCACAUCUAGAAGGUCAACCAUUGGCCUCCUAUGCUGAAGAGUAAAUGGCUGCAGCCAAUCCAGUAUCUCCUUAUACCUUGAUCUCUCAAUUCCCUGUAAAAAUCCUUGCUAAUCUUUUGCUUGGUAAUAAUUCAAUAAUUAGGUUGUUACGUGACAUCUCAACUCUCAUUCUCAGCCCCUUGUCUGAUGAAUGUAGGCAUGGUUGACGCCAUCUUCACCACCUUCUCUACUUGUGUUGCUAUGUUUGAGGAACUGGGCACUUGUACUCUGGGUUUCUCUGCAGGAAAACACAAAAUGCUGUCAGGGGGCCACCUAUGGAAAUGAAUAAAUGGUCAAUGUUUCAGGCUGAGACCCUUCAUCAGGACAGUUGCCCUUCCAUACUAGACAGUGAUGCAGCCUGUCAGAAUGCUCUCUACGGUACCUCUAGAAAUUUGCAUGAUUUUUUUGUGACAUACCAAAUCUCUUCAAACUCCUAGUGAAGUAUAGCUACUGCCUUGCCUUCUUUGUAGCUGCAUCAAUAUGUUUGGUCCAGGAUAGAUCCUCAGAGAUAUUGACACCCAGGAAUGUGAAAUUGCUCACUCUUUCCACUUCUGAUCCCUCUGACGACUGUGUGUGUGUGUGUGUGUGUGUGUGUUCCCUCGUCUUACCCUUUUUGAGUUCCCACUCAGUUCCUUGGUCUUACUGGCUUUGAAUACCUUGCAGUCAUCUAAAUCUGAUGUGUUGAAAUUGCUUGCUUUAUUUGCAUUGCCUGAGAUGAGACUGUGUCUUUGUAUAAUUGGUGCUUGUUUCCAGUGAUCAUGAAAAACUUUGAACAGUGAAUGAAGUGAGCUGAAAUCCUUUAACCUUUAAGUAAAUAAGACAACAAAUAGGUCUUGUGUGGAAGCUGAAACAGAGAUGAGUAACGUGCUUGCUAGCAGCUUUCAUAUCACUUGUUGACACAUUGUUCUUCUGAUUUAUGCUUUGCUCCACCCAUGACCUUUGCUUCUCUUUUAUCCCUGCUCCCAACUGAAAUGGUUUCCUUGAAUUGACUUUGUCAACAAAGUACCUGUUAUAAAUAGAUUCAUCUGAUAUAAAGCAGAUUCAGAACCAGGCCACUUCCAUUGACCGCAGGAUCAGGUUACUGCAACAGGUCCCUUGGAAGUGAUAGGUUCAAUGGAAGUUUCAACACCAGAAGAACUUGGAACUGCCAACUGCCCUACCAAGAAACAAAAAAAAAGGGCUGGCACCCCAAAAUACGCAGACGGUGGCUACGGAUGGGUAGUUUUAGCCUCGUGCUUCACUAUCACUGGAUUGACAUCCAGUUUUGUGAGGGCAUUCGGAAUCUUUUUCCUUGAUAUCCAGAACUGCUUUGACACACUCGCCUUUAAGGUCUCUUGGAUCAGUGCAAUCACUGUGACAGUGUUCCAUUUGAGCUCUCCAUUAGCCAGCAUACUCAAUCUCAAGCUAUCCCACAGAGUCAUUGCUAUGAUUGGUGGGAUAUUCUCCAUGCUCGGGCUCUUUCUUGGAUCGUUUGCCUUCAGUCUAAGCUGGAUGUAUUUCACCGUAGGUUUUCUCCUAGGGUUGGGGAAUGGGCUUGCUUGGAUAUCCUCUGUAAGUAUGGUCAAUCAGUACUUCACAGACCGGAGGCCGUUAGCAAAUGCCCUGUCCAGUGCUGGAGAUAGCGUCUUCGUCUUCAUCUUCACACCGUUCUACCAGUGGCUUAUCAACACAAUGUCCUGGCAGCAAGCAAUGAUGAUCAUUGCGGGAAUCCACCUGAACAUCUGUGUCUGCGGAGCCCUAAUGAGGCCCUUACAGAAGCAAUGUCAGAAAUCUGCUCCAUCAUUUGCCAGAAAUGAUUCACGUUGCUCGUCUGCUUAUUUUCAAGACCUGACUCGUCUGAAGGAGCCAAAGUUAAUUUAUUUGAUCCUAUUUGGGCUUUUCUCUGUGAUGGGCCUAUUUAUUCCUAUGAUCUAUUUAGUUCCUCAUGCCCAAAGUAUUGGGAUUGAGGAUUUUAAAGCAGCUUUUUUGAUGUCUUACUGGUCAGCUUCUGACCUCAUUGGAAGAGUUGGGUGCGGUUGGUUUGCCAAUAUGCGGCUCUUGACGUCAGUCCGCCUUACAAUAAUAGUGACUACUAUUUUAAGUGUACUUACAUUGCUUUUCCCAUUAGCUAAGAAUUAUGCCUCGCUCAUUGUCUUCAGCUGCGGAUGUGGAUUCUUCGUUGGGACUACGAUGGCUCUUCUCAUCACAGUAGUGACUGAUGUGGUGGGAGCGAAGAAUCUGAGCAAUGCACUAGGAAUACUUAUGUUCUUCCGGAGUAUUGGAUGCCUUGCAGGACCACCCCUGGCAGGGUUAGUGGUGGACUGGACUAAAGAUUACAGCACUGCGUUCUUGCUUGCUGGAGGAGGGAUGUUGAUUGCAAGUUCCUUUCUCAUCCCAGUUGACUACCUCUUGACUUGUGGGCAGCAUUCUGUUCAAGGCUCAGAAAAGGAGAUGGAAGGUUUUAAAUCUCAAGACCAAUCUCAGAAAGAAGCAGAGAAAAUGAAGGUGGAUAAUGACAGAAUGGAAGAUUUGGAACCUAUGUCUGAAUGAAGGUCAAUGCUAUGUUCAGAUUUUCCCUUUUGGGUGAACAUUCCUUUGGGGCAUCAAUUUCUUUUGUAACUCUGGGCAAUGCAUCAGUGCAUAAGCUUGAAUGUUCCAUGAGGUGUAUUAAAACUCAGAUCAACAGAUUGCCAUGGGCUUUCAGUAAGUGCUUUACACAUAAUGAAAGAUUAAUAGUCUUACGGUUUCAAUAAAGCAAUUUUAUUUUGUGGGGAGAAAAAUUUUUCAUUCCCCCCGAAAAGAAUAUAUAUAUUUAAAUGGACAAUUUGUCCUAUAUUCUAGUUGCUACUAUUUUAGCAAAAUACUUUGUAUGCCAGAUCAGUUUGUAUCUUCCAAAUAGCAUUUGGUUUUAUAUAUUUAUCCACAGA